AUGGAGACUGAACCAUCUAGUGUGGCCUCGGCACCGGAGCCGGAGUCCGCCGCGUCAAAUGCGAAGCACAGCCCUGUCCAAGACGGGGCUUUUGUUCGGCUAGAAGGCGAGCUGGCAACCGCGUCAGAGGCCGGAGUUGAGACGGACAAGGAAGAAGACACCACAACACGGCAGCAUUCGCCAUCGCAACAUGGGACGCAAACCUCGGUCAACAUAGCCAAUCAGGGAACGCUCGCGCCUCCAAUCCGUCCGAGCGCUGAGUCGGAAGGAGCGCAAAAUGGUACUGCCCGGCAGCCAGAGGACGCUGUCACGCAAGGCGAACACGGCCAGGCUGGCCGAAGGGAACCAGCAAACUACAGUCUUCUUGACAAUCCUCCGAAUAUUGCCAAGAUUAGACAAGUAAUGUUCGAGUGUAAAGAACCGAUUGAGAUAAGUACUGAGGAAUUUGAGAGAUACUGGCCGUUCAUCGAUAAUGUCUGGGUGAAGCAGAGGUCGAAUUCAAGCCAAGAGGGGCAUUGCACCACGGACUACUACAUGUGCCGGCUUCGGCGUCCGACCUGUCGUCCACAACAGAAUCGGCAGUUGCCAGAAGGCAAGAAGUCAAGGAAAAAGAGCGUCAGAGAAGGAGGGACCUGCAACUUCCAGAUCAAAGUUGUUCGUUUCGAGGGUGCAUACUCAACAAUAACGAUCUCGAGGACACCUGGGAGCAGCCGAACCCAUUCCCAUGAUCUCGAUUAUAUCGACAAAGUGAAGAGAAAUUCGGGCCUGAUGGAAUUUGCGCGCCGCGAGGCUUCCAAAGGCUACCUCCCAUCUUCUAUUUUCACCAAAUUCAAAGAGGAACCAGAGAAACUAAUCGAGGCUGGUGGCAAAUUCUUGACGGUUACAGACGUCCGCAAUGUCUCUUCCAAAUGGCGAAUCCAGAAUCCGGAAGUCAAGCUAAUACCUCAUGACGGGUACGAAUAUCAGCAAGGACAUGGAAUUGUCAAAAUCAAAAAAACAGAUGAGAAUCCCUCGCCUCCAAAGACGUCUGAGUCGAGUGCGAAACCGCCCCUUCCACCAGACACCUUACCGUUUCCCCAAUUCUCACUGGAGUUCUUAGAACCCUAUCUCCCACGGCACGAGGAAAAGCGCACUUUUCCUCAUGUCACACUGUCUUACGCAUCAUCAAUGGAUUCUAAGAUAUCUCUGAGGCCCGGUAUGCAGACUGUCCUUUCAGGACCAGAGGCGAAACUGAUGACUCACUACCUACGCUCGCGCCAUGAUGCCAUUUUGAUUGGCGUUGGGACUGUUCUUGCCGAUAAUCCCGGGCUGAACUGCAGGCUCGAAGGCGCUGGAGGGUUUGGUGGUCUUGGGAGGAUGUGGCAGCCCAGACCGGUGGUUGUCGACCCGAUGGGCAGGUGGAAUGUCCACCCGGAGUGUAGAAUGCUCCGAGCGGCUGUGGAAGGCAAAGGCAAGGCCCCAUGGAUCGUGGUCUCGCCAGGUGCGCAGAUUCAUCCUCAAAAGCUGUUGAUGCUGAAGGGUUAUGGAGGUGACUACUUGCGGAUUGUGGAAUAUAAUCAAAGCUGGCGGCUGCGUUGGGAGGCUAUCUUCCGCGCACUGGCAGCUGAAGGGAUACAAAGCGUAAUGAUCGAGGGCGGCGGAACGGUGUUGAGUGAGUUGCUGAACCCUGAGUACGCCGAUUUUAUUGAUUCAAUCAUCGUCACUGUUGCCCCUACCUAUCUUGGGCGGGGAGGUGUCGAUGUAAGUCCGGAUUCAAAGCAGGACGAGGCCGGAAAACCCAAAGCGGCGCUCAAUCCCAGAGAUGUUACUUGGACGCCAUUGGGACAGAAUGUUAUUAUGUGCGGCAAAGUACGGGUUCCUCCACCGUCUUCGUCAGAUCAACAAACUCUGUCUGGUCUUGAAGCAGCCGCCAGAGGCUCAUAA